GUCAAAAAAAAGACAUGUGGACAAGCAAUGAAAACGGCAGUUUGAAGAAAUUGAGCUUGAAGCUUUACCUUCAUUAAACUUGUUCUGUUGUCAAAAAACCCAUUUUUCUCGUUGACACUACGGAGAAGUCGAAUAAUCGAUAUUCACCAAGUACAAAACAACAUCUCGAUAUAAACGUUCUUUAAAAUGAGAGAAGUUCGAAUUGUUGUAUGCGGUGACCAGGGUGUCGGGAAAUCAUCGCUCAUAGCCGCCUUGGUGCAAGAGGACAACGUAACAAGUAUUCCAAAGGUCUUUCCUGUAAUUUCCAUUCCUUCCGAUCCAAUAGUUAACGACGAUGUUUCUCUCGUAAUCGUAGAUACUCAAUCUGACGCUGCGGAGCGAGAGUUGCUGGAAACAGCAAUCAAAAAGGCGCAUACCAUUUGUCUUGUUUACUCUGACAAUUACACUUAUGAGCGUAUUAGCAUAUUCUGGCUUCCGUAUUUCAGAUCCUUAGGUGUCAAUGUUCCCGUCGUCUUGUGUGCCAACAAGUCUGAAGACAUCGACAACAAUCAGGGCCUUCAGCUUAUUAAUCAUGAAAUGGUACCCUUAAUGAAUGAGUACAAAGAAAUUGAAGCUUGUAUUCGAUGUAGUGCCGCUGAAAGAAUAAAUGUGAACGAGCUGUUCUAUGUAUGCAGAAGCUGCGUAGUAACACCUAUUACGCCGUUAUGGGAAACGAAAGAACAUCGGAUAAAAUGUGCAGCUCGUGAUGCCCUUAGUCGUAUAUUCUUUCUUCUCGACAAAAACAAUGACAGUCUAGUAGGCGUGGAUGAACUAAAUGAGCUACAAAAUCUUUGCUGCUCAAAAAUGUUCACUCCGGACGAGAGCAAGGACAUAUUUGACUGUGUACGCGCCAUCUGCCCGGAAGGCAUCUUAGGUGACUCUUUAAACAUAAAUGGUUUCUUAGCGUACGUUUCUCACAUGAUUGAAAACGGAAAGCAAGAAAGCAUUUGGGGAAUCCUGAGAGCAUUCCAUUAUACGGAUAGCCUCAGUUUGGAUGAAGGAUAUCUCUAUCCCCUUCUUGAUGUCUCUUCUGGUCAAAGCGUCGAACUUAGUCCUAAAGGUUAUCGAUUUCUGGUAGACUUGUUUUAUCGUUUCGAUAGGGAUAACGAUGGUGCUCUUAAUACUAAGGAACUCGCUGCUUUAUUCCGUUUCACACCGGGUUUGCCUGAAACUUGGAUUCAAUCACAAUUCCCAAACUCAACCGCGCUGAACGAACAUGGUUGUGUCACUUACAACGGUUGGUUGGCUCAAUGGACAAUGAUGACUCUUUUUGAUUAUAAAACAACAUUGGCGUACUUUGCUUAUUUAGGUUUUGACUCAGGAACCCGACAAUCGGUGCUUGAAGCCAUAAAGGUGACGAAGUCCAGAAGUUUGCGUAACCGUAGGCAAAUUAAGGUUGAUAGAAACGUUUUCUUGUGCUUAGUCGUCGGUCAACGGGGAUGUGGAAAGACUUCGCUAUUAUCAAGUUUCAUAAACAGUGACUAUCGAGGAUCUCUAACUCCUCCUCCAAGCACUGUGGUAAACAGCGUCGAGUUUCAAAGCAAGCAACGUUACCUUGUGCUGAGCGAAGUUCAAGAUACUGAUUAUGACGUUUUCUCUGAUGUACGGACGUUAGAUGCAUGCGAUGUUCUCUGCUUGCUUUAUGACUCUUCAAACCCUAGUAGUUUUUCCUACAUAGCGAAUAUUUUGGAAUCAUAUCCACUUCUUAACAAAAUUCCCUGUGUGAUUGCAGCGACAAAAGCUGAUUUGGAUCGACAGCAACAGCGAUAUACCAUUCAACCAGAUGAGUAUGCAAAACGGAGAGGCCUUUCUUCACCGACCCACAUAAGUACUGCAGCUGCUUGGAAUGCUCCAAAAGAAUUCUUCAUUCAGUUAGCAGAAGCAGCCCAACAUCCAGCCUCGGCGAUGCCAAAUUCUACUGAGACCGAAGAAAACAAUAACCGUUUCCGAAUGAUAACAGCUCUCACAGCUUUUGGAACAUUGGUUUUAACUGUCAGUGGAAGCUUAAUAUGGAGAAUUAUGAAACAACGCGGCUCAUCUUCAAAUAGGUAGAAUGAAGCCCAAAAAAAAUCACGAAUAAAUACCAAAUCUAUUAUUAAGUUGCCAUUCUUCUAUAUGACUUAAAUUAAAAACCCUAAGUAUCCCAAGUUGCAGAAGCGAGUAUAGAGAUAGGCAUCUCCAAACGUGGUAGAUUCUGCAUCAGUUUUGUCAUAAAGCUCAACAGAGGAGUGAGGUAUGUGAGGAGGACGUUUAAUAGGUGAAAGCGGCAUGCCACUAAGCUUGGCGUUGAUUAACUUUAAGACAAUGUAAUCCCAAUCUUCAUGGUCUUCCCGACUAACAAUAUCCCUCCGUUUUUCGAUACAUUCGCGGAUAUAACCAAGUCCACGACGGGCCUCACUUUGCAAGCCAGGCACGUCAAAAACGCCUAUCAAGACACAGGCGGCAAGACUAAAGAAGUGAUGAUUCAAAGGGGUUAGAGGAGUAGAUGAAGAUGGAAGUAUUGUAGCCAUUUUUAAUGCAGGCUUAAGAACCGAAGCAGGCGGGGCUUGCCAUGCGAGUUCCAAAAGAACUUUGACGUGGGUUACAGCAAGCGUUAGUAAGUUCAUUUGUCCCCAGACAACAUCCACGCUCUCUCUGAACGCGUCAAUCUCUGAACGGAUCUGCUCAGCAACAAUAGGAUCGUCGCGAGCAGAAAAGGUUGGUGAUUGAUAUGCACUGGACAAAUGACCAACAAUAAGAGACAGCCGAACCAAGUGACUAGGGAAAGAUCCCAAUAAUUUUUGAUCCUGAAACGUCAAGCGAAUCAACUGCUCAGGAAUAAAGAGAGGAGAACAAGUAGACAUCGAGUGCCAACGAUCUAAAACAACCAGAACCCACCAAGCUCGGCGACAAAGUGCUUCUGAGCUAUCAAUAUCCUCUGUGAUUGACUUGAAUGACAAAUGUCCUUGCAUAUGAAGUCGCAUAUUACAUGCAAGACCGACAGCAGCACCAAGCCACAUACUUUGAGGCAAACCAUUCUUGCCUGUAAUGGUUGCUGGACCUCUUUGGUCGCUUUCUAUAGCAAGCAAUAUCAUGGUCUGAAGAUGUAAUAUCCGAUUGCUAAGCACUUGAACACUGGUACACAAGAGGUUUAACAUUCCAAUAGCCUUUGAAGGAGUAUUAUGAAACGAAUGCCCCUGUGAGGAGAAGGGGGGUCUGUUCACUAGCGAAUAAAUUGCAUGAAGACACGAAGACCGUAAAUGAACAGGCGCAUUC